AUGUCGCUGUCGAAAGUCCUCUCGGUGACCAGAAACUUCACAAACGGACCGCGUCUCCCUACCAAACUAUUGCACGCAAAACCUGGCUUCGUGCCAAAAUACGUGUCAGCAGAUGAGGCAUUGGCGAUGGUUGAAUCCAACAACGACGUCUACGUCGGAAACCACGCCUCCGCUCCAAACGUCCUUCUGGAGGCACUAUGCCGUCGUGUCGACUCGGCGGGUCUCAAUAAUAUUCGGAUGUCUCAUUUGAUUUUGAGCGGAAAUUGUCCACAAUUUGAUCCGAAAUAUCAUGGUAAAAUCCUGAACAACAGUCUAUUCAUCUGCCCCGGAAAUCGUAAUAAUGUGAAUCUCGGUGCCGCUGACUACACUCCAAUCUUCCUCUCCGAAGUACCAUCAUUGUAUACAAGUGGAGCAUUGAAUGUCGACGUGGCACUAAUUACUGUAUCACCGCCAGAUGAGCUCGGUUUCUGUACACUUGGCGUCGAUAUUGAUUGCACGUUGGCUGCAGCGACAAGUGCCAAGAAAAUCAUUGCACUCGUAAACAGCACAAUGCCUCGCACCCGCGGUCACACCACCGUCCAUUCCUCCCAUUUCACUGCUAUGGUUCAAACCGAUCGCCCCAUCGCUUUCCGUCAAGGCAACGAGGAAAUGUCUGAAACUGAGCAGAGAAUCGGAAAAAUCAUUGCGGAAAACCUAGUUGACAACGGGGCGACACUUCAACUAGGCAUCGGAGCGAUUCCCGACUCGGCACUGGCUGCUAUGAAGCAACAUAAGGAUUUGGGUGUGCAUACGGAGAUGUUCAGUGAUGGAGUGACGGAUUUGAUUGAUCGAGGAAUUAUUAAUAAUCAGAAGAAAGCGUUCAUGCCAGGGAAGACGGUGUCGUCGUUCGCUUUUGGAACUAAAGAAUUCUAUAAGAAAAUUGAUAAUAAUCCAGAAUUUUAUUUCGCCCCUUGCGACUUCACCAAUCACAUCGACAUCGUCCGUCGCAACAGCAAAAUGACGUCGAUUAACUCGGCGAUCGAAAUCGAUUUGACUGGACAGAUUGUGUCGGAUUCGAUUGGACGCAACUUUUUCAGUGGAUUCGGUGGACAAGUCGAUUUUAUGGCCGCCAGUCCUCAUGGGUUUGAUGGAUUGGGAAAGGCGAUUAUCGCAUUACCAUCGAGAACUACGAAGGGGCAGACGAAGAUUGUUCCGUUUUUGACGCAGGGUUCCGGCGUCGUGACGACUCGCGCUCACGCUCGCUACAUUGUCACAGAGCACGGAAUCGCCAAUCUAUGGGGAAAAUCGAUCCGCCAACGUGCGUACGAGCUGAUUCAAAUCUCACAUCCGGAUGAUCGAGAGACUCUGGAGAAGGCGGCGUUCGAACGAUUCAAAGUGAUGCCGUCGGCUUAA